AUGGGGGCCACGUGUUGGCAUCCACCCUGCUCGACAACAACGGCCACUCACAACGUAGCAAUAAUAUCCGAGAGUCACAUACUCUAUCACACAACUACCAUCUCUAAUCCUGUUUCGUACGUGAACGCCCUCUCUCCGAGCUUCAACAGUUCCUUGGACAUCCUCAUAUUGCAAGUCUCCAUCUCCACCAGAUUUUUUUCGCUAGGCAGAGUGCCGCUGCGUGACCGUCAGGGGCGCUAUGCUGUCCACCAUCCAUAUCGAGAACUACUACUCCAAGUAGUGACUAUCACAGAUGUACUUAAUGGUAUGCGGGCGAGAGAAAAGCAGCAACUGAUUUACAAUUGGGCGUUACGUGUCAGGACGAUUAUUGAGAUUUGGAAAAUGGAGUGA